AUGAAGUGGUUUGGGGGCGUUCAGAUUGUAUCUCCUGCAGACCGCAUGUCACUUGAGCUAAAGCAUCUCGAGCUGGAUAAGGACUCUCCUCUCGUCAACACACUGGACAAAAUCGACAGCGAUCAGUUCGUAGAUAUUCUGGACGAAUGCGACGCCCUUCUUCACCACAAGUAUCAUUUGGUGUAUGCGAAGCUUUCGGUAACCACAUACGCACACGGAUCCUAA